AUGGAGGGCAAUUACAGGAUUGCGAGCUUGCGAGGGAGUAUACGGCGGACCAUGAGCAGCUCCUCCUUCCGCUCGUCCACCGCCAGCCAGAUCUUCGGGCGGUCGGGCCGUGAGGAGGACGACGAAGAGGCUCUAAAAUGGGCCGCACUCGAGAAGCUUCCGACCUACGAUCGCAUGAGAAAAGGCAUACUCGCGGGGGCGGAGGGCGAGUCGCACGAAGUCGACGUUCACGGCCUCGACAUGCAGGAUCGGAAGAACUUGUUGGAGCGCCUGGUUCGAACUGCCGAAGAGGAUAACGAGAAGUUCCUUCUGAAGCUCAGAAGCCGCAUGGACCGUGUUGGGAUCGAUAACCCCACGAUCGAAGUGCGGUUUGAGGAUUUGAAUGUCGAUGCGGAAGCCUAUGUGGGGAAUCGAGGAGUUCCGACGUUUCUCAACUUCUUCGUCAAUAAGAUUAUGGCAAUUCUGAGUUAUCUUCAUAUAAUUCCGAGCGGAAAGAGACCAAUAUCGAUUCUUAACGACAUCAGCGGAAUCAUCAAGCCUAGCAGAAUGACUUUACUUCUAGGCCCCCCAGGUUCCGGAAAGACGACACUGCUGUUAGCUUUGGCUGGAAAGCUUGACUCAAACUUGCAGGUUUCUGGAAGGGUCACUUACAAUGGUUUCGACAUGGACGAGUUCGUGCCAGAGAGAACCUCCGCAUAUAUUGGUCAGCACGAUCUUCAUAUCGGAGAGAUGACUGUGAGGGAAACUUUGGCUUUCUCUGCAAGAUGUCAGGGAGUCGGAACCCGUUAUGAUAUGUUGACAGAGCUAUCACGGCGGGAAAAGGAAGCAAACAUUAAGCCUGAUCCUGAUAUUGAUCUCUAUAUGAAGGCAAUCUCUGUGGAAGGGCAGGAGAGUGUGGUCACAGAUUACAUUUUGAAGGUAUUAGGUCUGGACAUCUGUGCUGAUACUUUGGUAGGAGAUGCAAUGAUAAGGGGCAUAUCAGGAGGACAAAAGAAACGUGUUACAACCGGUGAGAUGCUUGUUGGACCAGCUAAAGCUCUUUUCAUGGAUGAGAUCUCCACGGGGCUUGACAGCUCCACGACUUUCCAAAUUGUCAAUUCCAUAAGACAAUCUGUUCACAUCCUUGAAGGGACGGCACUGAUUGCUUUGCUUCAGCCUGCUCCAGAGACCUACGAACUCUUCGACGACAUUAUACUCCUCUCAGAUGGGCAAAUUGUCUACCAAGGUCCCCGAGAAAACGUGCUCGAGUUUUUUGAAUCGAUGGGCUUCAGAUGUCCUGAAAGGAAAGGCGUCGCAGAUUUUCUGCAAGAAGUAACAUCUAGGAAGGAUCAACAUCAGUACUGGGCACACAGGAAUGAGCCAUACAGAUAUAUUUCUGUGAACGAAUUUGCUGAAGCUUUUCAGUCGUUCCAUAUUGGCAGCAAGCUAGGCGACGAGCUCAGCACCCCAUUUGACAGGAGAAGAAACCAUCCUGCUGCUCUGACUACUACAAAAUAUGGUACAAGCAAAAUGGAGUUACUCAAAGCUUGCAUUGCUAGGGAAUGGCUCUUAAUGAAGAGAAACUCAUUUGUCUAUAUAUUUAAACUUGUCCAACUUAUAGUUCUCGGAUGCAUUGCAAUGACGGUCUUCUUGAGAACUACAAUGCAUCGUGAAACACAUGAAGAUGGAAUUAUCUACUUAGGUGCACUGUUUCUGGGACUUGUGACUCAUCUCUUCAACGGAUUUGCCGAAUUAGCUAUGACAAUUUUUAAGCUGCCAGUAUUCUACAAACAAAGAGGCUUCCUAUUUUAUCCAUCUUGGGCUUAUGCUUUGCCCACAUGGAUCCUCAAGAUUCCAAUAUCGUUUGCGGAAUGUGCGAUUUGGUUAGUCAUGACUUAUUACGUCAUUGGCUUCGAUCCAAAUAUCCACAGGUUCUUCAGGCAUUAUCUUCUGCUUGUGUUGGUAAGUCAAAUGGCUUCUGGACUUUUUCGGCUUCUUGCUUCAGUUGGAAGGGAGAUGGUGGUGGCAGAUACAUUCGGGUCCUUCUCUCAGCUUGUUGUUUUGGUUCUCGGUGGAUUCGUUAUAUCACGAGAGAAUAUCAAGAAAUGGUGGAUCUGGGGUUAUUGGGCUUCCCCCUUGAUGUAUGCACAGAAUGCAGUAGCAGUGAAUGAGUUCUUUGGACACAGUUGGCAAAAGAUUGUCAAUCCAGCUAUCAGCAAUGACACACUCGGUGUUCAAAUCCUCAAGUCUCGCGGGAUCUUUCUUGAUCCGAACUGGUAUUGGAUCGGCGUGGGUGCUCUGUUUGGAUACAUCAUGUUGUUCAACAUCCUUUUCAUUCUGUUUCUUAAGUGGCUCGAACCCCUUGGGAAGGGUCAGGCUGUUAUAUCUGAAGAAGCAUUGAAGCAGAAACAGGCCAAUAGAACAGGAGAGAAUGUUGAGCUAUUGCUACAAGGAACUGACUCUACUAGGCCAUCCACCGAAGAAAGAGGCAAAAGAAUUAGUUCUCCGCAUGAUGAAGCUAUCUCAGACAGAAGACAGAAGGGAAUGGUGCUCCCAUUUUCUCCGCUUUCAAUCACCUUCGACAAUAUAAGAUACUCCGUGGACAUGCCACAGGAGAUGAAAAACCAUGGAGUUGUGGAAGAUCGACUGGUGCUACUGAAGGGGGUGAGCGGAGCUUUCAGGCCCGGUGUUCUUACAGCACUGAUGGGUGUUAGUGGAGCUGGAAAGACUACUUUAAUGGAUGUCUUGGCUGGGCGAAAGACCGGUGGUUAUAUAGAAGGUGAUAUUUUCAUCUCUGGGUAUCCCAAGAAGCAGGAAACAUUUGCACGAGUAUCCGGCUACUGUGAGCAGAACGACAUUCAUUCCCCACACGUCACGGUCUACGAAUCACUUCUUUACUCGGCAUGGCUUCGAUUGCCUUCUGAAGUUGAUACCAAGACAAGAAAGAUGUUCAUUGAAGAGGUGAUGGAACUCGUAGAGCUGAACUCCAUUAGAGGAGCUCUCGUAGGAUUGCCUGGUGUUAAUGGUCUUUCGACAGAGCAAAGAAAGAGGCUGACGAUUGCAGUUGAGCUUGUAGCAAAUCCUUCUAUCAUAUUCAUGGAUGAGCCUACCUCCGGAUUAGAUGCAAGGGCCGCAGCGAUUGUGAUGAGGACAGUGCGGAACACAGUGGACACCGGAAGAACUGUAGUGUGCACCAUUCACCAACCCAGCAUCGAUAUCUUCGAAGCUUUUGAUGAGCUCUUUCUUCUCAAACGAGGAGGAGAAGAAAUAUAUGUCGGCCCACUGGGUCGGCAUUCAUGCCAUUUGAUUAAAUACUUCGAGAGUAUUCCGGGGGUUAAAAAGAUAAAAGACGGUUACAACCCAGCAACAUGGAUGCUGGAGGUUACAACUAUUGGACAAGAGGAUAUUUUGGGGGUUAGCUUCACCGACAUAUACAAAAACUCUGAUCUAUACAGGCGAAACAAAGCUUUAAUUCAUGAGCUUAGUGCUCCUCCCCCUGGUUCAAGCGUUCUUUUCUUCCCCACUAAGUACUCACAAUCCUUCUUCCAACAAUGCACGGCUUGUUUAUGGAAGCAACAUAAAUCUUAUUGGCGUAAUCCAUCGUAUACCGCGACAAGAAUAUUUUUCACCGCUGUCAUUGCCCUGAUAUUCGGGACAAUCUUUUGGAAACUUGGCAAGAAAGUGAGUACACAACAGGAUCUGUUCAAUUCCCUGGGCUCGAUGUACGCUGCUGUUAUAUUCAUCGGCAUCCAGAAUGGCAUGACCGUGCAGCCAAUUGUAGAUGUCGAAAGAACAGUCUUCUACAGAGAGAAGGCCGCGGGAAUGUACUCCGCUCUGCCUUACGCAUUCGCACAGGUCAUGAUUGAGGUUCCCCACAUUUUCCUCCAAGCUGUCAUAUAUGGUGCCAUUGUAUAUAGCUGCAUUGGUUUCGACUGGACACCAGCGAAAUUCUUCUGGUACUUGUUCUUCAUGUUCUUCACAUUUUUGUACUUCACCUUCUACGGGAUGAUGGCCGUGGCCAUGACACCGAAUGGCGACAUUGGUGCUAUUCUCUCCACCGCAUUCUACGCAAUUUGGAACAUCUUCGCCGGCUUCCUCAUCCCUCGACCCAGAAUUCCUAUAUGGUGGAGAUGGUACUACUGGGCGUGCCCGGUCGCAUGGACGUUGUACGGGCUCGUCGCCUCGCAGUUCGGAGACUACACCAAUAUCAUGGACGACAAUGGUCUCACUGUGCAGCAGUUCCUCGAGAGCUUCUUCGGCUUCAGGCACGACUUCUUGGGCGUAGUAGCCGUCGCCGUCGUCGGCUUCACCGUGCUCUUUGCCUUCGUCUUUGCCUUCUCAAUUAGGGUGUUCAACUUCCAGAGAAGAUAGAGAAGCAUGUAUCAAAAGUUGCUAAAAUCAAACUACAUUGUGUGUUUGAUACGUAAGCAUACUAAAGUAGGAAUGUAGGAUUGUUCUUUGUUCUUGUUGUACUUGUUUAUUCAAAGUUGGCGGUUGUAAUUAAUUGUGUUCAAUAUGUACAAGCAAUAAAAGUUGUCUAAGUUUUGCACAAA